CUACAUGGCGCUACAAACGCUUCCAAGUAUUCUCUUCUUUCUUUUCAUUUGAAAGAAGAAAAAAGAUGGAAAGUACUUUGAAACAUUUGUAGUUACGAUAUAUCGUAUGGUUAAAAAUAAACGCACCGAUGAGCGUGCGAAAGCGCACGAUAUUUGCCACGAUUGACAUUAUUUUUGCGAUCGAGUUGGUGCACCAAAGAGAUCAAUCGAGAAACACACGGAGUGCUUUCGCGGCGAGAAAGAUGAAACAAAACUGAAAGAGCGACAAUUGUCGGGGUUGUCGGCCCAGACAAUCGGAGGAGACUAGAGCGAUGCCCACCGUAGCCAAUUCCUCGCUGACUUACGAGAUUCUCAUGUACCUCAACUCCUUUUACUUCGGUAUGUUCGCCGUGUGCGAGUUGGGCAUGGGCCUGUUCAAGGCCGCGAAUCUGCCAUCGAGAGGCACGAGCACGACUCUGACGGAGUUUGCGCUGCUGCUGUUCCUGAUAGUGACCGAGAGCGGCAGGAUCUAUCUGGGAAGAAAGGGCAAUCUGACUGAACGCGGACUGCCGAUUCUCAUCGGGAUAGUCCUCACCGUUCCCAGCUCGUUGGCGACGCUCUACUUUCUCCUCUGGCAGUCCUGCGUGCUCAGGCUGGAGAUGAUCCUUUGCGGUAUACAGUUAGUCCUACUAGCGUCGGAGAUGGUCAUCGCUGUCAUGUGCCUUAUAGCUAUCUAUCGGCCACCAUCUCUGCAGAAAUAAUCGACUCUUGCUUAUUUUCUUUAUUCUCUUGGCACACUAAAUCCCACUCCACUUUGUAAUCAUGCUUGAAAAUCCAUUCCGAUUUGUCAAGUAAGGCUAAAGUGAUAUCAUAUACGCGUAUGUAUAAAAGAAAGAUCUUGCUGCACACUUUACAAGUUUUAUUAUCGUAUAUCGUCUGCAUCCAUGAGGAACAGUGCUACAGUGGAGUAUCAAGUAAAUUAUUUCAGAAUUUAUCAACUUACACUGGUAGUACUGCGCAUGUAUCAAUUCUAGUCGAUAGACCUAGUGUUUCGCGAGCACUUUUCGCUAAACCCCGUAAUAAAGACUGGCUACUAGAAAAGAGAACUAAAAAUCUACUUUUGUACCUCUGUAUCGCGUCCUUGAUUCUUUGUACACCACACAAACGCGGCUUUACAAACAAAUAAUACAAUCGAGUACGUCAUUCGACACACCUGUGUAUGUCAUCGACAUUCUGGAAAUUAAAGUAAUAAUGUAAGAAUAAAAUUUGAAAAAUUCUGUAAUCGAUAUUGUGUAAGCACUGCCACGGACAUUUAUUUUAAGCAGAACUCGUGUGUAAUUGCACACGAGAUUAGCUAAUACAACACAAUGGCGUUAAUCUAUCUCGUCAAUGGACAUAGUCUCUGGUCGAAGAAAAAUAUAUGCAUAAGUUUCUUUGUAUAUGCAUUUAUAUCAAAAUAAAUAUUUUUCAA